AUGGAGAAGUGCUGAGAAUGAAAAGAAGUAUGAAGGUUAACAGAGAUGCGUGUGGGUUUAAGGCAGAGGCACGCCUUAUGCACAGCUUGUCCUCAGCUCCUGCCAAUUUACGCUCCAAAUCCCCACCAUGCGGGCUCUCUUCCUUUGCAUCCUGCUUUUCACUGGUACUUAUCAAAUACUAUUGGAGUUGGGUGUGAGUUAAAUGGAAUAUAUUACAGACACGGUCAAACGUUCCAGCCUCACUGCCACUAUAAAUGCACAUGCGUGAAUGGUGCUUUGGGAUGCACACCUACCUGCACAAAGAAAUUGGCAGCUGGCCAGUGUAAAAAUGUCAAGGUCAUAAAUAGAUCUGAAUAUUGCUGUGAAAAGUCCCUUUGUGAUAAGACUGGAGGGAAGAACCAACAAGCAAUAGCCCACAGAGUAAUGUCUGUUUACAAGGCAAGACCAGUCGUGUGGCGGAAGAAGUGUAUGCUUCAAACAACUCCAUGGAGUGAAUGUUCAAAAUCUUGUGACACGGGAAUUUCAGUCAGAGUGACAAAUGACAACAGCAGGUGUGAACUUGGGAGAGAAAGUAGACUGUGCUUUAUUCGACCUUGCGACACAGGCAUAUUAAAAAACAUGAAGAAAGACAAGAAGUGCCUACAGUCAUUCCAACACACCAAGCCUGAAAGAUUUUCUCUCUCUGGUUGCACAAGCAGAAGAAGUUAUAGACCGACAUUCUGUGGUACAUGCUCCGAUUCCCACUGCUGUGUUCCUAAUCAAGAAAAAACUGUGAAAGUAGAGUUUAACUGUACUGAUGGAGGAAUAAUCAUUUGGAAGAUGAUGUGGAUCACAUCUUGCAAAUGUCAGCGAAUCUGUAUUGAUUCAGAGGACAUAUUCUCAGAUCUGAAACUGCUGUAGUUAAUUGUUGCCUGUAACAUGGGAGGCAUAAGAGAACAGAAACAUUUAUGCAGGCCUUCUGCACCAAAGGAUGUAAAUUUGGUCUUAUAUUUUAAUACAGUUUAAUUACACAGAAAGGCAAACAAAUUUCAUAAUACAGCUUGAGAUAUAUCCCUCAUAAAUCAUCUUCCACACAAAGCUCUAAUUUGCUCCAUUCUGUAAGUAAAUAGGAUCCUUUUGUAAAGUGUAUCUGCAUCAUUAGUUUCUUUGCCUGGGCCUUAUGUCAAUUUAAAUUUCAGUUGAGCUCUCUACAGUUCAGUAAAGUUCCUCCCCAGAACAUAACAACAAUUAAAAAAAGAAUUAGGGAGUUGGUCUAAUUAAAAUCGCUGCUUUAGAUACACAAUUUAUCAGUUUGGAGUAGACAAGGUCCUGUGAUAUUCCACAAACUGACUAAUAUACAUUUUCAUUGGGCUUUAAAGCAAAUGUUCAUAAUUGCUGCAGAACAUUGACAGGAACACAUCUAAAUUUGGUAGUACAAUUAAGUUGCAAAUCUUGUAUUUAAAUAUCUAUAAUUCUGCACAGGUUUUAUUGCUCACUUGACCGAAAGUGAUCUUAGCUGGUCAGCAUUUAGUGGUUGUUAUUUGGUUGAGGAAAAACAAUCUUGUCUAGGUUAAGUGGUUAAUAGUUUAAAACACAUUCUUGUAGAUUAAGAACAUAAUCUAGUCUGAUGCUAUCUACCUUUUAGAUUAAACAUUAAACCAAUGCCUUGUGCUUUUUUGUGCAUCUGAGUGGGAAGACUUCGUUAUUCGGAGAGCAGGGAUAUUUACUUUGUCAACAUUUAUCCCCAAAACAACAUCCAAAACCAAUUAACUGACCAUUUAUUUUAUUGUUGACUGUGGCAAUUUUCUGUAAGUAAAUCAGCUGCCAUAUUCCUUGUAUUAACUGAGUGACUAUUCAUUAAAAUAAAAUACUUAAUUGGCUGUAAAGAGUGUUAUAAAUGUAUAUUGAUUUUAUUUUUAAGAGCACAUACCCUGCAUGGCAAUAUAGUCACAUAUUUGUUGUAAAAAUGAUCAGAAUUGCAUAAUUUAUUUUCAAAUUACAUUAAAUCUCCAGUAAUCCACUAUCUGACUUUUCAGAAAUCUGAUGCUUUGACAUCUGGGUGAAUUUUUCUGUGUUCUCUUUCACUUCACUGUGGCCCUAAUUCCUACACUUUCGACUCACCAGGGCAUCGAUUCCCAUGCUCCCUUACUGGGUUCACUAGAAAAUUUAUUAUAAUGCUAUGUAACAUCUAAAAAACUGAAUUAAAAGUGUUGGGGUAUUAUUAAGAAUAAUAUCUGAUAGUUUGGAAAAUCUGCUUUACUGGCACCACCAAAGUCCCAAGCAUAUUGGAUUAUUGGAGUUUUACUGUAUAGCCUGUUAUAUUGAAAUAUGUAAAUUAUUAAACAUCUGGCUGCAUAAUUCAACAUUUUGAUGUCGCAAAGAUGUUCAAUGAAUCAGAUGCCUACUUCUCAUAUGGACUAGGUCAGAUUUCACCGAUGGCAAAGAAAUGGAUACAACCAACAUUUACAUUUUCAAUUCAGUAUCCUUCAGUUCCCUAAAAUUCCCUAAAUAUCUACAGAAUUUAAAAUAUAUAAUGCAAUAAGCAUAGAAAUUACAAAGUUUGUCAGUAAGAUUAAUUUCACUUUUAUGAACCCAAACUGUCAUCUGCAUGUGCUGUUCUUUUCUAUAGAAAUUCUAUGCUUGUUUCGGGGCAUCAGCACAUUGAGUUUGGGUAACAUUGCUGGACAUUGGUCUCCUCCUUCUUCUGUGCAUACAUGACUGUUUUUAAGCAUCUGUAUUAGUCUGCAGUAUGGAUAUUUGCCUGCAUUUUCUGCAGCAGUGUUUUGAAUAAACUGGAUUCCUCUU